AUGGAGCGCAAUCCGGCGCAUCCGUUUGACGCCACGACGAAGCUCCCUGUGCGCCAAAAGGAGGUCACGUUUGACUCUCUCUGCGUGAACGCCGAAGACCGCUUUGCGGAAGGUCUGUCCAGCAAGUCAGAGGAGCGGCGCGGCUUCCGCCCCAAUACAAAGCUGUACGCCACUAACGCAGCGCGCACGCGGGGUCGUACAGGCGGCGCCUCAGAGUUAGGCUUCGCGGAAUCCCUGCCUACCCUGAAUGAGGUGAUCGGUGAGGAAAAAAUAUCUCACAUUGGCCGCCCUCGUCCACGCCAGCUGCGCGCGCCUGAAGGCAACACAGAUGCCAUCCCUAUCGCCCGCGUCAAAGCGAAGAGCAACUUGGCCCGUCCAGUUCACGCAACGUCGACAUCGAUCCCAUCAACGCGGAGUUUGUGGGUGGAAGGCAGCUCUGUGCUCAACCAAGACGUCGGUCUUGCCUCUGCGGCUCUCACUCAUCUUUCCGACUGUGUCGCACAAGAACGUCGUCUCAAGGUGGAGUGGGAGGCGGCGUGUUUGGCGAAGAUACGCGCGCUGCGCGCCGUUGUAAAAGUGUUCAUGCAGUCCUUUAUCGACCGCGGCUCAUGCGCGAGGUCCACGAGCGUUUCCGGUAAAGUGAUGUCCGACACCCUGGCGGUGGCGCGCUGCUCCGUCAUAACAAACACACUCGUCGGUACGGUGCAGAACUUUAUGCGUGCCUUUCGUUCACGUCGACUGUGUGCUGCACGCGGUCCUGUGUCCGGGCCCCAACUGUUCCCCAACAUCGCGGGGCAGGAGAGUACUGGAUUCACCAUGAGCUUGUACUCGAGCGCGCCUGGCGGGGAAGAGUCGUCGGUCAACGAAUCGUACGUCUCGACGAAUCACAGUGUAAGUGACUACCUAGAGGAGGAGGAAGUGAGCCGUAUCAAGCAGCUCUACUUUGACUACUUUGACUGCGAGGCCGUUAGCAUCAGCUCUGCCGUAGCAUCCGGGAGCGACAUGUCGAUCUUGGCUUAUAGUACUACCACAUCCAUAUCACGGCCGUCCAGCCCCGUCUCCAGAGGAGACCACAGCAGCUUCUCUCACUGCGCCUCCACUACGAUGUGA